CCGACUCGAAAGUAAACCUGAGGGUCCGAAAAGAAACCACUGUGCAAGAGAAAUAAACGAGAGAAGAUAGUGAGUGAGAUAAAUCUUCCUCCUCCGUGUGCAACCAUCGUUCUGGAUAUCCAUGCUCCAUCUUCUGCAAACCCUAAUACCGAUCAGUUUCCCUCCACUAUCGGCCUUGAAUUUCCCUCUUAUUGCAACCUUCUUAUUCCCUCCAUAUCCUCACUAAACCUUUCUCGUCUCCCCAAACCCACAUUUUUUUUUUAAAUUUUCAUAAACAAUCUCUAGGGUUUGCAAAUUCUCAAUUAGUCUAAGACAGAAUGUCUCUCCCUCCCAUGGACUGUAUAUACGUUACAGAAGAAUAUAUGCACGAAUGGAAAAGCGGAAACCAAAACUUUCGGUUCCCUAACCCCGUGCCUAUGCUUCGCUUCCUUUACGAGCUCUGCUGGACCAUGGUUAGGGGAGAAUUGCCGUUUCAGAAGUGCAAAGUGGCACUAGAUUCUGUAGAGUUUUCGGAUAGAGUGUCUGGUGAAGAAUUAGCUUCGAAUUUUGCAGAUAUCAUUACCCAAAUGGCUCAAGAUCUUACAAUGCCUGGAGAAUACCGUGCUCGCCUUAUAAAGUUGGCAAAGUGGGUGGUGGAAUCUGCAUUGGUCCCAUUAAGGCUUUUCCAAGAGCGUUGUGAGGAGGAAUUUCUGUGGGAGGCUGAAAUGAUAAAGAUAAAAGCUCAGGAUUUGAAGGGCAAAGAGGUUAGAGUAAACACUCGUCUUCUGUAUCAGCAAACAAAAUUUAACCUUCUCCGAGAAGAAAGUGAGGGCUAUGCCAAACUGGUUACCCUUCUUUGUCGAGGUUAUGAAGAUACAACUGAAAAUGCAUCAGCGGCAACAAUAGGCAUCCUUAAGUCAUUAAUUGGGCAUUUUGAUCUGGACCCAAACCGUGUCUUUGAUAUCGUUUUAGACUGUUUUGAACUUCAGCCUGACAACACUAUCUUCUUGGAGUUGAUUCCUAUCUUUCCCAAGUCACAUGCAUCCCAAAUUCUUGGUUUUAAGUUUCAAUAUUAUCAGCGGAUGGAAGUAAAUAGUCCUGUACCAUUUGGGCUCUAUAAGCUUACAGCUUUGUUGGUGAAGGAAGACUUCAUUGAUCUUGAUAGCAUAUAUGCUCAUCUACUUCCUCGGGAUGAUGAGGCUUUUGAGCAUUAUAAUGCUGUUUCUUCCAAGCGACUGGAUGAGGCUAACAAAAUUGGAAAAAUAAAUUUGGCUGCUACUGGAAAGGACCUCAUGGAUGAUGAGAAACAAGGAGAUGUGACAAUUGAUCUUUUUGCCGCUUUUGACAUGGAAACUGAGGCUGUCACCGAAAGGUCCUCAGAGCUUGAAAGCAGUCAAACUUUGGGGUUGCUUACUGGUUUUCUCUCGGUGGAUGACUGGUAUCAUGCUCACAUAUUGUUUGAUCGUCUCUCUCCACUAAAUCCAGUGGCACAUGUUCAAAUAUGCAAUGGGUUGUUUAGGCUCAUUGAAAAGUCAAUCUCAGCAGCAUAUGAUAUCAUUCGUCAAUCACAUCUCCAAAAUUUUGGGUCUCCUUCAGGAGCUGGUAUUGAUUCUAUGGACACAAGUAGUUCUCUUGGCCAUAGGUCAUUCAUUGAUCUUCCAAAAGAGCUUUUUCAGAUGCUUGCGACUACUGGACCUUAUCUUUACCGUGAUGCAAUAUUGCUGCAGAAGAUAUGUAGAGUAUUGAGAGGUUACUAUUUGUCUGCACUUGAGCUUGUAAGCAGCAGUGAUGGAGCUACAAAUGGUGAACCUGUCAUUACAGGAAACCGUCGUCCCCACCUAAGGGAAGCUAGGUUGAGGGUAGAGGAAACAUUGGGGACUUGCCUACUUCCUUCUCUGCAGUUGAUACCUGCAAAUCCGGCAGUUGGGCAGGAGAUUUGGGAAGUAAUGAGUCUGCUUCCAUAUGAGGUGCGCUAUCGUUUAUAUGGUGAAUGGGAGAAAGAUGAUGAACGGAAUCCAAUGGUUUUAGCUGCAAGACAAACAGCUAAAUUGGACACCAGAAGGAUUUUAAAGAGGCUUGCGAAGGAAAAUUUGAAGCAGCUGGGUCGGAUGGUUGCAAAACUAGCUCAUGCUAAUCCAAUGACUGUGCUUCGAACAAUUGUUCACCAGAUUGAGGCAUAUCGGGAUAUGAUCACCCCUGUUGUGGAUGCUUUCAAGUAUUUGACACAGCUCGAGUAUGAUAUCUUGGAAUAUGUCGUAAUUGAGCGCCUGGCACAAGGCGGUCGUGAUAAACUAAAAGACGAUGGCCUUAAUUUGUCAGACUGGCUUCAAUCACUGGCGUCAUUUUGGGGUCACCUGUGCAAGAAGUAUCCAUCUAUGGAAUUGAGGGGUCUUUUCCAGUAUCUUGUGAACCAGCUUAAGAAGGGUCAGGGAAUUGAGCUUGUUCUUCUGCAGGAGCUCAUCCAACAAAUGGCUAAUGUUCAGUACACCGAGAACCUAACAGAGGAACAGUUGGAUGCAAUGGCAGGGAGUGAGACUCUCCGGUAUCAGGCUACUUCUUUUGGUGUAACACGGAAUAACAAGGCUUUGAUAAAGUCGACUAAUAGGCUACGGGACUCAUUGCUUCCAAAGGAUGAAUCAAAGUUGGCAAUCCCUCUUUUAUUACUUAUUGCUCAACAUCGUUCAGUGGUUGUCAUUAAUGCAGAGGCACCGUACAUUAAAAUGGUUAGUGAGCAGUUUGAUAGAUGCCAUGGAACUCUUCUUCAGUAUGUGGAAUUUCUUUGUAGUGCUGUGACACCAGCCAAUGCUUAUGCCCAGUUGAUUCCAUCUCUUGAUGAUCUUGUACACCUUUACCACCUUGAUCCUGAGGUUGCUUUUUUAGUAUAUCGCCCUGUAAUGAGGCUCUUCAAGUGUGAGGGUAGUUCUGAUGUUUUCUGGCCUUUGGAUGACAAUGAAGUUGUGAACAGUACAACUACAAAUAUGGAGUGUGAGCAAGCAGAAUAUUCUGGCAAAGUGAUUUUGGAUCUUGGAUCUCCUCAGAAGCCUAUAAUGUGGUCUGAUCUUCUUGAAACUGUGAAAACAAUGUUGCCUUCAAAAGCCUGGAAUAGCCUCUCGCCUGAUCUCUAUGCAACUUUUUGGGGGCUCACAUUGUAUGAUCUAUAUGUUCCUAGAAAUCGCUAUGAGUCUGAAAUUGCAAAGCAGCAUGCGGCUCUUAAAGCUUUGGAAGAGAUUUCUGAUAAUUCGAGUUCCGCAAUAACUAAAAGGAAGAAAGACAAGGAAAGGAUUCAAGAAGCUCUAGAUCGUCUGACUAGUGAACUUCAUAGGCAUGAAGAAAAUGUUGCAUCGGUUCGUAGACGCCUGUCUCGUGAAAAAGACAAAUGGUUGAGUUCCUGCCCUGAUACUUUGAAAAUUAACAUGGAGUUCCUUCAGCGCUGCAUUUUCCCACGUUGUACUUUCAGCAUGCCAGAUGCUGUCUAUUGUGCUAUGUUUGUGCAUACUCUUCAUUCCCUUGGGACUCCAUUUUUCAACACAGUGAACCAUAUUGAUGUUCUGAUAUGCAAAACAUUACAACCUAUGAUUUGCUGUUGCACUGAAUAUGAAGCAGGAAGACUUGGGAAAUUUCUCUAUGAGACGUUAAAGAUUGCUUACUACUGGAAGAGUGAUGAAUCGAUAUAUGAACGUGAGUGUGGCAAUAUGCCUGGCUUUGCUGUGUAUUACAGAUUUCCAAACAGCCAACGUGUUACAUAUGGCCAGUUCAUCAAGGUGCACUGGAAAUGGAGUCAGAGAAUCUCACGGUUGUUGAUUCAGUGCUUGGAAUCAACUGAGUACAUGGAAAUUCGGAAUGCACUUAUUCUGUUGACGAAAAUUUCUGGUGUUUUCCCAGUUACCAAAAGGAGUGGGAUUAACCUUGAAAAGCGAGUGGCCAGGAUCAAAAGCGAUGAAAGAGAGGAUCUUAAAGUGUUGGCAACUGGUGUUGCUGCCGCUUUGGCUGCUAGAAAGCCUUCUUGGGUUACAGAUGAAGAAUUUGGCAUGGGAUACCUUGAAAUAAAGCCUCCGGCAGCUUCAAAGUCUUUGCCUAGUAAUAUAGGAGCUGGACAACAUAAUUCUGCCAUUAACGUCGCACAGAGUGAAUCUACUGGGGGAAGAGCAGUUGCCACAGUAACUCAUCAUGGAGAAUCUGGGAAUUCAGCCAGAGAACACAUAUCCAGAGCAAAACCUGCAGAUGGGAGGUCUGAUAGAACUGAAAGUGUCUCACAUGUGAAAUCUGACCCAGGACAUCAAAAAUUAAAAGGUGGAUCACUGGUUAAUGGGUUGGAUGUUCAUUCAUCUGUUUCUUCAGCUGCUAUAGUUGGGACCUCAAGAUCAACAGAGAAUCAAAAGCAAAUGGAUGAAUCAGCAAAUAAAAUAGUGGAUGAAAGCACAGGAAGAGCUGUCUUGAAGAACUCUAUGGAAUCUGAGGUGAAAGCUUCAGCAAAACGGUCAGUGCCUGCUGGAUCUGUUAAAACCCCUAAACAAGAUCCUGCAAAAGAUGAAUCUAAAUCUGCAAAAGCAGUGGGUAGAACUCCUGGCACUUCCUCCCUUGACAAAGAUGUCCCUUCUCAUUUGUCAGAAGGAAGGCAAGGAAAUGUUGCUAAUGUUUCUUCUGCUGCCACUUCUAAUGGUAAUGCAGUUUCAGCAUCAGCUAGAGGCUCGACCUUAUCUGCAAGAACCUCUGAUGGUCAUGGUGGUGAAUUAAAGGUAGAUAGUGGAGCUGCCAAAUCUGUGGUAAAAGAUGAUGCCACUGAAGUUGCUGAUGUUCACAAGCCCCCUUCUCGACUUCUUCACUCUCCCCGGCAUGAUAGUUCUCUUUUGUCAUCAAAGUCUAGUGAUAAGCUACAGAAGAGAGCAAGUCCUGCUGAAGAUCCUGACAGAUUAAGCAAGCGCCGGAAAGGUGAUAUUGAAUUGAGAGAUUUAGAGGGUGAAGUUCGCAUCUCUGACAAAGAGAGGUCCAUGGAUGCUCGAUUAGUGGAUCUUGACAAAAUGGGGACUGAUGAACAAAGUAUGCAUAGGAGCACAGAUAAACUUAUGGAUAGGUCAAAAGACAAAAGCAAUGAGAGAUAUGACAGGGACUAUAGGGAAAGAUCAGACCGUCCUGAUAAGUCCCGUGGAGAUGAUGUUUUAGUGGAAAAAUCGAGGGAUAGGUCAAUGGAAAGAUAUGGAAGAGAGCAUUCUGUAGAGAGAGGGCAGGAGAGAGGUGCUGACAGGAGUUUUGACAGGCCCGCUGACAAAGCCAAAGAUGAACGAAACAAGGAUGAUCGUGGCAAGCUGCGGUACAGUGAUACAUCUAUGGAAAAAUCUCAUGGCGAUGAUCGAUUUUAUGGGCAAAACUUGCCACCUCCACCACCCUUGCCUCCUCAUGUGGUUCCCCAAUCAGUUAAUUCCAGUAGAAGAGAUGAAGAUGCUGACAGAAGGUUUGGAACUACCAGGCAUACUCAGAGGCUUUCUCCAAGGCAUGAGGAGAAAGAAAGACGACGCUCAGAAGAAAAUUCUUUGGUUUCACAAGAUGAUGCAAAACGUAGGAGAGAAGAUGAUUUUCGAGAUAGAAAAAGAGAAGAGCGAGAGGGGCUGUCAAUGAAGGUGGAGGAGAGGGAAAGAGAAAGGGAGAGGGAGAGGGAAAAAGUGAAUCUUUUGAAGGAGGAAAUGGAUGUUAGUGCUGCCUCUAAGAGAAGGAAACUUAAAAGAGAGCAUUUGCCAUCAGGGGAAGCUGGCGAGUAUUCUCCAGCUGCUCCACCACCUCCACCUCUUCCAAUUGGUAUGUCGCAAUCGUAUGAUGGAAGAGAUAGGGGGGAUAGAAAAGGAGCCAUGAUCCAGCGGUCAGGUUAUUUGGAGGAACCUCCAAUGAGGAUUCAUGGUAAAGAAGCAGCCAACAAGAUGACUCGUCGUGAUGCUGAUCCAAUGUAUGACCGAGAAUGGGAUGAUGACAAGAGGCAAAGAGCAGAGCCAAAGCGGAGGCACAGGAAGUAGUGUGCUGGAAACAAAUCAAGACAAGCUAGCUGAUUGGGUGAAUCAAUAUGGGUGUAUGUGAUUACUUGGAGUUCCCAUUGAUACUUAUAUUUCCUGUUAUACUGUACCAGACUAGCUGUUAUUGCACAUGAUUUUUCGUGGUUUUUGUGCAAAAGUUCAUUAAUUGGAAACUGAGAUUGAUUAA